UGUGUUUAGCAUAUCUUUCAUGUGAACUGAACGCGUAGACAACAGAAACGUUGCACGUGGUUCAUUCUGCGAUGGCGUGAAUGCAACAUUAAAAGCAUUUUUCGUCUGGUCCCUCUGGUGUAGUGGUAACUAAAGAUCUCGCGAGAGGAUGAUGCUGUCGCGUCUUUGUGACGUAAUCUCAGAUAUAUUAGCUAAAAACGAUAUUCUGCUUGGUGUUUUCAUAUAAUAAUGCACAUGUACUUAUUUUAAACGUAUUGGAGUUUAUAACUACGCCGGUUGUAUCUAUACAGUAACGUUUUAGUUGUGCUAAUGUACAGAAAGAAAGAUUUUGGAGGCGGGGCUAACUUCCAGCCCGCGAAUUUUUCAAAACUCGCCGGGGGAAAAAAACGACGUUCAAUUCAUUCACAACCUGCAGCCUUGUCGCCACGGACAAAACAGCAUUCCUGUUGUUUUAUUUUUUAUUUUUACCACGUUGUAACAUUUGCCAACAUGCCCGUCCUAGAGGUUGCAGAGGCUUGUGAUGUUUCUCCGCCCAAGAGGUUGAAAAGCAACCGCGACGAAGACGCUCGCUCCGUUCUUCGCUUCGCUAAACUUUCCGAGCACGCAACGACACCCACCCGAGGUUCCUCCAAGGCUGCUGGAUAUGACCUCUACAGUGCAUAUGAUUAUUCUAUUGAUCCUAUGGACAAAGCUAUUGUGAAAACUGACAUCCAGAUAGCAGUACCACAUGGCUGUUAUGGCAGAGUGGCACCGAGAUCUGGACUCACAGUAAAGCACUUUAUUGACGUCGGAGCUGGAGUAGUUGAUGAGGACUACAGAGGGAAUGUCGGCAUUGUUCUAUUUAACUUCAGCAAGCAGACUUUUGAAGUGAAAAAAGGUGACCGGGUUGCUCAGCUGGUCUGUGAGAGAAUCACCUACCCAGAAUUAGUCGAGCAGGAGACACUUGACGACACGGAGCGUGGGGCUGGAGGGUUCGGCUCAACUGGACACAACUAAAACUUUGAAUUGUCACCUUGGAAAGUUGGAAUUUAGAAGUUACUGUUGUACUUGUUAAUAAAUAUCCCAUUUGUACGUUGUCUGAUAUUUAAGUUUAGCAAUAUUGUAUUUAUCCACACGGGGGCAGAGUAUGACAACGUUUUGGAAACUGGCCUUGGUCUUGAAUACCCCCCUGCCCACAUCCCAAUUAAAAAGGCACUUCUUUAAAAUGAUAUAGCAUUAACUUCCCAGCAUGCCUAGAGGCAUUUUGCAAAUUGUGUUGGUAACUACAUGUUUUAAAAUGUAGUUUUACUAGUUGCGCUGUCACUUUGUACUGUGAAUAAAGUUUGUAUUGAGUGUUUUGUUUUCA